AUGGUGUUGCUUAUAGUAGCCGCCCUGGCUGGACUGUUCGCUCUCUAUCUGUGGCAUGUGAACUCUGCUAUGCAAGUAGUCCCCGAAGAGGCACAGAGACUAUCACCUCAUCGCUGGACAAUUGAAGAAAUCAAAACAGCUUAUGAAAAGAGCCUGGUAGCCCCCAUCGACGUGACCAAGAGCCUGCCUCCAAAACAAUCCCGACGAUAUGUGGUCGUAGGCGGAACUGGUCUAGUUGGCGCUUGGAUAGUCUCGCAUCUCCUUGCACGGGGCGAAGACCCCAAGGCCAUUCGUAUUCUAGACCUAAUCUCCCCAGAGCAGGACGUCCUCAACAAAGGUGUGGGCUGGGUGAAAACCAACAUCACCGACAAGCUCGCAGUAACAACAGCUUUCGAAAAGCCAUGGGCUGCCAGUGUCACCAGCCUAUCCCUAACUGUCUACCACACUGCAGUUAUGAUCCGACCCCAAGACCGAUUCAAGAGCUUCCUGCCACUCAGCAGCAAAGUUAACAUCGAAGGCACACGGAACGUCCUGAAUGCUGCAAGAGCUGCCGGUGCCACAGCCUUCAUCUGGACAUCUUCAGGCUCCAUCGCCCUGCACCAGCCAACUUUCUGGAUCGCGCCGUGGGAGACUCAACCCAAGCGCGCAGUCCAAGUGAUCAGCGACGACACCAAAAUACCGGAAUCCCACUACCAAUUCUUUGGCAACUAUGCCGUAACCAAAACCGAAGCGGAGCGCCUCGUCCGCGCAGCAGAUGACCCAGAAACAAAUUUCCGCACCGGCUGCAUCCGCCCUACAAACGGCGUAUAUGGCACAGGCGGCCAAGCCAAUAAUGUCAUCACGGGCCUUUACCUCCGUAACGGAGGCAGUCCGACCUGGGCUCGCCCGAUCCUCCAGAGUUUCGUGCACGCCGAGAACGUCUCGCUAGCACAUCUCUUGUACGAACAGCGUUUGAUCCAGCAGAGCGAGCCUGGCUCGCAGCUCCCGAAUACAGGUGGCCAGGCAUUCAUCGUCAGCGACCCCAACCCGGCGAUUGCUUUUGGUGAUUUGUACACACUGCUAACGACGUUGUCCAAAACGCCGGUUUUGUUUCCGGAGGUGCCACCCGCGCCAUUGUUGGUAUUAGCGUAUUUCCUUGAGAUGUAUGCUUUUUUGCAGUACAAAUAUCUCCCUUGGUUGCCAGCUUUGUCGGGGGAUAUUGCGCAGCUUCAGCCCUCAGUGUUCUCCAUUGUCAAUGUUCAUGUCUUUGCUGAUGAUUCGCGCGCAAAGCUAGCGCCUGAGAUGGGUGGGUUGGGGUAUAAUCCGCCUCUGAACACUCUUGAUGGUCUGUGUCGGCGGCUUGUAGAUUGGAAUACAGAGGCCGAAGGGAAGAAGAUGAAUUUAGGUCCCGUGAAGGUUUCGGAUGGUGUUGGUGUGGUUGCGCCGAGGGUGUUGUGA